AUGGGUUCAAAUACAUCUAAACCGGAAACCAAAGUUUUCACACCAACUACACCAAUUGAUUUUAGCUCAACAUUUUUAUCACAAUUAGAACAAUCUCCAGAAUCUGAUUAUUCAAGAGCUCAAUACACUGAGAAAUACAUCCAAGAUAGAGUAGCGCAAGAACUAACAAAAUUAGAAAAACAAACCAUUAAAAAUUUUAAAGACACAACCAAUCAAGCUCUACUUAAAGAUGAUUCUGUCGAUAAAGACGCCAAAGAUACGAAAUUAUCAGUAUCACAAGCAAAUGAUAAAAUUGUACAACUUACUCAAUUAUUAAAAGAAAAUGCUGAAUUAGAGAAAGCAAAUAUAACGCCCGAAAUCAAACAAUCAAGAGAAAAUGUUAUCUCAUGUUUAAAAAAUAAUCAAGGUAAAAGUCUCAAUUGUUGGGAUGAAGUUGAAACUUUUAGAAAUUUGGUAAGAGAUUUAUAA